CCGCCUCUCCCCGCCAGGCCUCUCUGGGCUACGCAGGCGGCGGCGGCGGCGGGGCCCGGGCAGCACCAUGGCGGCGGCGGAGGCUCCUCUCAGUGAGGCGACGGUGGCGGCUGCAGCGAACGGAGCUGUGGCCGAAGCCGAUGACACGGAGGUCCGCGUGCUGCAGAGCCUGCGCGGCAAGAUCUGUGAAGCCAAGAAUUUAUUACCGUAUCCUGGACCCAACAAGAUGAGGGAUUGUUUCUGCACCAUAAAUUUGGACCAAGAAGAAGUUUUUCGUACUCAGGUUGUUGAAAAGUCAUUAAGCCCAUUUUAUAGUGAAGAAUUUUACUUUGAGAUUCCAAGAACUUUCCAGUAUUUGUCUUUCUACAUUUAUGAUAAGAGUGUUUUACAGAGAGAUCUUCGAAUAGGAAAAGUUGCCAUCAAAAAAGAAGCCUUGUGCACCCACACUGGCAAAGAAACAUGGUUUUCACUUCAACCUGUUGAUUCCAAUUCUGAGGUUCAGGGUAAAGUUCAUCUGGAAUUAAAACUGAAUGAACUCAUUACUGAUAAUGGAUCUGUGUGCCAGCAGCUGGUAGUACAUAUCAAGGCAUGCCAUGGCUUACCUCUCAUAAAUGGACAGAGCUGUGACCCUUAUGCUACAGUGUCACUUGUAGGACCCUCAAGGAAUGACCAGAAGAAGACAAAAGUAAAGAAGAAAACAAGCAAUCCACAGUUUAAUGAAAUCUUUUAUUUCGAGGUAACCAGAUCUAGUAGCUACACCAAAAAAUCCCAGUUUCAGGUAGAAGAGGAAGACAUUGAAAAGCUAGAAAUCAGGGUUGAUUUAUGGAAUAAUGGAAACCUAGCUGAUAAUUUUCUGGGAGAGAUCAAGGUUCCUGUAAAGGUGUUAAGAAAUGAUUCCUCUCAUCAAGCCUGGUACUUAUUACAACCAAGAGAUAAUGGAAAUAAGUCUUCAAAAACUGAUGAUCUGGGUUCACUUAGAUUAUAUAUAUGCUACACAGAAGAUUAUGUGCUUCCUUCAGAAUACUAUGGUCCUUUGAGAAAUUUGCUGCUAAAAUCCCCAGAUGUUCAGCCUAUCUCUUCCUCAGCUGCUUACAUUUUGGGUGAAGUUUGUCGUGAUAAAUAUGAUGCUGUUUUGCCCCUUGUACGACUGCUGCUGCACCACAAUAAAUUUGUUCCUUUUGCCUCUGCAGUGGCUGAAUUAGACUUGAAGGAUACACAAGAUGCAAACACAAUUUUUAGAGGAAAUUCCUUGGCUACUCGGUGUCUUGAUGAGAUGAUGAAAAUAGUGGGAAGGCACUACCUGAAAGUGACAUUAAAACCUAUCCUAGAUGAGAUAUGUGAAUCUUCAAAAUCCUGUGAAAUUGACCCUAUCCGAUUGAAAGAAGGGGAUAAUGUAGAAAGUAAUAAGGAGAAUCUACGCUACUAUGUAGAAAAAUUAUUCAGUAUGAUUAUACAGUCCAAUAUGAGCUGCCCCACUGUCAUGUGUGAUGUGUUCUAUUCGCUGAGACAUAUGGCUGCUCAGAGAUUUCCUAAUGACCCUCAUGUACAGUAUUCUGCCGUCAGCAGCUUUGUAUUUCUUCGUUUCUUUGCUGUAGCCGUAGUGUCACCUCAUACUUUUCAUUUACGACCUCACCAUCCAGAUGCACAGACAAUUAGAACAUUAACUCUCAUCUCAAAAGCCAUUCAGACUUUGGGAAGUUGGGGAAGUCUAUCUAAAAGCAAGUCAAGUUUCAAAGAAACAUUCAUGUGUGAGUUUUUCAAAAUGUUUCAAGAAGAGAGGUAUAUUGAAGCAGUUAAGAAGUUCUUAGAAGAAAUUUCAUCUACUGAAAGUAAAGAGCCCAGUGGUAUGAGUGAGCCAGUACAUCUAAAAGAAGGUGAAAUGUAUAAAAGAGCUCAAGGAAGAAAUCGGAUUGGGAAAAAAAACUUUAAGAAACGAUGGUUCUGCCUGACAAGCAGAGAACUUACCUACCACAAGCAACCAGGUAGCAAAGAUGCAAUUUAUACCAUUCCAGUCAGAAACAUUCUUGCUGUGGAAAAACUGGAAGAGAGCUCUUUUAAUAAGAAAAAUAUGUUUCAAGUGAUACAUAUGGAAAAACCACACACAGAGAAACCUCUUUAUGUCCAGGCAAACAACUGUGUUGAGGCAAGUGAGUGGAUCGAAGUACUGUGCAGGGUGAGCCGCUGCAACCAGAGGCGACUGAGUGCUUAUCAUCCCUCAGCAUACCUCAAUGGGAACUGGCUUUGUUGUAAAGCUACUAGUGAGCACACGGCAGGCUGUACUCCGUGCACUGCAGGUGUUCCUGCAGACAUCCAAAUAGAUAUUGAUGAAGACAGAGAAACAGAAAGAAUUUAUUCUCUUUUUACCCUUUGUAUGCCUAAACUGCAGAAAAUGGAAGAGGCUUGUGGGAGUAUAGCAGUUUACCAAGGACCACGGACAGAGCCAGACGACUAUUCCUAUCUUACCAUUGAGGACUCUGUAAUGACUUUUAAAACACUCCAGCAAAUUAAAGUCAUCCUUGAGAAACUAAAUGAACCUCAUGAAAAGUAUAGAAAGAAGAGAUCUACAAGUGCCAAAUAUGGUAGUGAGGAAAAUCCAAUUGUUGGAAAAGUGUCCUAAUCAAGUUAGAAUGUGAUCAACAAAUUCAGAAGAAACUGGAAUUAUUAUUUUUAUUGGAGUUUUUUAUUCAUAAUGUAUACUUGUCCAGAGUAUUAAGAAUGGACAUUGGCUUCAAUGUUAUCUGUGUUCACAUUGUAUUUAAUAUGUAUUAGAUGGAACUGUUUGGUUAGCCACAUUGAGGUGUGGUAUUGCCAGAAAUUUUUCAAAUUCAAGGUUCCUUUCAUAUCAAAUGUCUUUGCAGCCAUGUUUCUGCAUCUACUUUUAAUUGGAAGGAAUAUUUCUAAGGAAAUAAGUUCUAAUGCAGUGGUUCUCAACCUGUGGGUCGCGACCUCGGUGGGGGUCGAAUGACCAAAACACAGGGGUCACCUAAAGCCAUUGGAAAAUACAUAUUUCUGAUGGCUUUAGCCUCUGAGAAAUCGUGCUACUUUACAGCAAGAUCUCGGAAAGAACGGGGACCCUGUUGCCCGCACAUUGUACUAAUAUUAGUUACCCAUCAGCAGCCCUCCCCCUAUGAGGGGUGAUGGAUUUACCCUGUUGCCUGGAGACCGGACUCAAACAGAGACCCAGAGAGAGCACCCAGACGCUGGCUCCGGAGCGGUUAAGAGCGAGUCCUGGAGCGGAUAACUCCUGGAGCAGAUAACGGAGCCGAGUAAUCCCAGCAAAGUGAAGCCUCAGCUCAAGCUGGAGGGAGACGACAGGAAGAAGAAGGCAGCGUCUGCAGACCCCCUCCCCAGGCAGGACUUACCUCCCACCCCAGGGCUCAGGCUGCCUCCUGCUGGAUUAAUAUUUCUCAACAUAUAAUUAAAUAUUGUUUUUGUGAUUAAUCACUAUGUUUAAAUUAUGUUUGAUUUGUAGCAAUGAGAAUACAUAAUGCAUAUCAGGUAUUUACAUUCCGAAUCAUAACUGUAGCAAAAUUACAGUUUUGAAGUAACCACCAAAAUAAUUUUUUGGUUUGGGGUCACCGCAACAUGAGGAAUUAUAUUGCGGGGUCACGGCAUUAGAAAGGUUGAGAACCACUGUUCUAAGGAAGGCUAAAGUCUCCCAUUGCAGACAGCUUCUCAUCAUCUGUCUGUAGUCUAAGUACCUGUGUUCACCACCAGUGCCUGCUGUAUGCUGCCAACAGUUUAUUGCAAUAGAAAAUUCCAACAUAUGGUACCAACCUAUUCAGAGCUCUCCAUUUAGUGUGGCCAGAGCUCCUUUAAAAAGAAGCAAUUUCUUUGACAAUCUAUUGAUCAUAACAGGUCACAGAGGUGACUGAAGCAGAUACUCUGGAAACUGCCAGGUUGGUAGGUAAACCAAUGCUUGCUUUUAAAUUUUAAAUAUGAUUCAAGUAGGAGAAAUCAGGGAAUUUGUGCAUCUUGUUUACAUUUGGAAUGAGUAAUGGCAGGUGAAAUAAGAUGAGACCACUAUGUGUUUAAAAAAGAAAAAUAUCAGGUACUCCUUUUUCUUUAAUAGAAAAUUCAGGGUAUUAUCACUUCUAAAGACAUAUCUUUUCUGAAAAUGAAAGGAUACAGAGAAAGAUGGCAGUUAAAAAGAUCACUUGACUUCACUUACUUCCUAAAAAAUGAAGGGUCAUUAUAAAUCGGCCCAAUUCAUCUCAUGUUAAAGAAUUUAACUCCAAAAUAAUCACUCAGAGCACUUUACAAAUCUGGCCUGUCCCAGAUUGUACAUUAGAUACCUUGUUGUAUCUAAUAAUCUAAUGAUCAGUUGAAUGAUCAAUAGGGUUUUUUGUUUUGUUUUAUUUUGUUUUUUUUGUUCUGAAAAACAAUUCUUAAAUGAAAAUGUUUGUAUUGCAUUUGUGUUUCUUUAGUAUUUGCUUGAUUCCGUGGAACUUGAGCUAGCAAGUUUUGCCUAUCAAAAAUCUGAAUUUUGUUUUCUCUAAAUAAUUUACCCUAAAAAUUAUAAUUGUACAGAAGCAGUAAAAGCCAGUUGCCUCUUUGCAGAUGGUAGGAGGUAUAAAUGUUGCUUCAUCAGUAUUAAAAACUAUGGUACUCUGUUGUUUUUUUUAUGCAGAAACACUCCUUACGUGGUACUUCAUUCUUGGAGUAUUUUUGUUUUUCUGUUUCAAACUGUGACUUAUCAGUAUAAGUCUGGAUUAUGUUGUAUUGGUGGUGGUGGUGUUUUCAAACAUAAGCUAUAGUUCAUAAUCUAUUUUGGCAUGUGAUUUAAAUAUAUUACCUUUUUUCUCAAGUCCUUGAACUCCUCCUGUCUAAAAGAACAAUGAGCUACCCAUGUCCUGUGCCAGUCAAGGUAACUGCAGCUAAGGCCUCAGCAGUAGCUGUUUUACUCUGUGAUUCCUAAAGGCAAGAGAAACUCUCCUGUAUUUUCAAACCCAGGUUUCAUUGUCCAUAAAGAAGAUAGCAUUUAUCAUGAGAACAAAACCAUGUCUAUCUAGUAACAAAACACUGAUUCGAGUUUUAAAGUUUUCAUUGGUCAUCCACUGUCAUCUUGCCUACUUGUCACUAAAACCUCCAGUUUGGAAUGCCCUGGUCUUGACUCGUUCUCAGAAUCGAAAAUUCAAGUAAAUAAGUUUUCUUUGUAAGGUUGACUCAGUUAAAAGGAUUAGGAGGCUGAGUUUUGGCUCCACAAAGAACAAACAUUUGAAGCCUGAGUACUUCUUUGUGACUUCACACUCCUUGCCAUUGCUCCAUAAUAUUCCUUAGCUUCAUCCUUGUCUUCAACUCCUAGAUCUUGCAACACCCUUAUGAUUUCAGAGUCUCUUCCCUGACUAGAACUGGCCUCUUUCUAGCCCAGGUCACCCUAGAAUCCUAAAAAGCAAGAAGAAAGGGGUGGGUAAUGGGAAGGAUGUGUCCUUAUAUGCUGAUUAGUACUGGUUCUUCCUUUAACCACUUGCCCCAACUGACCUAUUUCAUUGAUUUCAAUGAACCAAAAAUAAUGUAAAUCUUAAUUAUAGACUUUAAGCUCUUUUGAAAAUUUAAGUAGCCUUUAAAUCAGGUAACACGCCAAAGCAAAGUUUUUUGACUCUAGUACUUUAUUGGUCAAACUGAAAUAUUUUGUUUGCUGAAAUAAUUUUUAAAAAUCACUGUGAUAAUGAUGAAAGUAAAAAUCAGACUUUGUUGUUUUUAUAACAUUUUCCUUUUAUUUGUGUUUCUUUUUUAAGCUAGUUUCAGUUAUCAGAAAAGACCCAUUCAUGACAGCUAAAAUUCAUUUUUCAGAAACCCUUCUGCAAUAGAAUCUUUUUAACAUACUUUUAACGUGCUGUAAUACAUCCUAUUAAGGCAACAAAAAAAAAAACCCCACCCAGACUAAACUUCAGGCGUUGUUGUUGCAGGAUAUUAAAAAUGUACAAGUCAUUCUAGAAUCAAAUGAUUGUCCUAUACUGAUGCCAAUGUUAAAUUACUUACAUAUUGAUUAACUGAGCAAUUAAUAUUUGCUUAUGGUCCAAUUUGAAAUAUGUUAUCAGACUUGUAGUUUCCAUUUGUGUAAGUGUUGUAUUGUUUAAAAAAUGUAUUUUUAUUUAAAUUUUAUUUUCUUAUCAAGAGUAUUAAAAAAUUUAAAACUUUUGUAACUGUUGCUUAAAAAUUACUCAAAUAAAUUACAGGAAGCCUA